AUGGUAUCGUCAGGGAGAAGCUCGCCAGCAGUAGUGGUCAGGCCGCAAUGGACCAAAACUGGGAGUUGGCGCAAGUAUAUUAGAACGCAUUCCAACCGCAAACUACAAGUGGAUCUGGAUCUGACACAAGAGCGGCAUGUCCACUUUGAUACUGAAUCCAACAGAGUGGAGGAAGUCACACAAGAGGAACAGUCCGUAAUGGAUGCGAGAUGGUACAAGAAAUCUGACUAUGAGGUAUUCGAACGAGACCGCCAACUUACUGCAUUGCAGUACAGAGCAAUAAAGAAAAAGGGAGCACCUUUUAUCGAGCGGGAACACAGCGUCCGAGGACUGGAGCACUUGUUGGAUGCCCCCAGCACCGAUAACAGCAAUGCGGCCGCCACAGUCACCAGUAAGGGAAAGGUGGAGAGGACCUCGGGACGUUCAGAACAUUCGCAACGGGUGCUGCAGGAGCAAUCCAGGCAAAAGAGUGCGUCUGUGUACCCCAAUGACGCCAUGCUGCGAGAAGUUGCGUGCAAAUCUUCCAGAGAGUCCAGGCAACGGUCAGCCGAACGAGGCGAAGCCGAUGCAUUGGCCGGGUAUGUGACUUCUUCCAGGGCACUACAAAGAAAAGUAGGAGGAGUCAUGCAUACCAUUUCCCGAAGCAUGCAGCCUUGA